AUGUCCUCCUGGGAACCCUCUCCCGACUCGCUGCAGCAGCUUGCUGCUUGCCUCAAGGAUUCCCUCAGCGGUUUCAACAAGAGUGCCCAGAAGCAGGCUGACUUGAUGCUUCAACAAGCAAAGAACUCCCCUGACAUCAACAACUAUCUUGCAUUCCUCUUCUCGAGCUCUACGCCUCCCAAUGGCCUCCAAUUUUCAGAGCAGGACUUCCACCUUGUGCGCUCCGCCGCCGGUAUCAUGCUCAAGAACAACGUUCGAACCGAAUGGAAGAGCAUCCCCGAAGACAGCCUCCAGCUCAUCAAGCUCGCAAUCCCCAUGUGUCUGCAGGACAAGAACUCCCAGAUUCGCAACUUUGCUGGAAACAUUGCGACUGAGAUCGUUCGACGCGGUGGUCUGCUAACUUGGCCCGAGUUGCUACCUCAACUUCUUGAUUUGGUUGGCAACACUUCGGGACAAACUUCGGACGAGGCACAGGAAGGUGCCAUGUCUGCUUUGGCCAAGAUUUGCGAGGACAACUACCGUCAGUUGACCAAGGAGGUUAACGGCCAACGUCCCCUCAACUUUGUUCUCCCCCAUUUCAUCGCUGCCACUAAGAGUCAGUUGCCCAAAGUCAGAGCCGGCGCUCUCACUGCUAUUAAUGUUUUUACACCCCGGGAAUCUCAGGCGAUGCUCAACUCCAUCGAUGACCUCCUUCAACACCUGUUUAUCCUGGCCAGCGACAACAAUGUCGACGUCCGACGACAAGUCUGCCGUGCCUUUGUCAACCUGGUUGAGACUCGACCCGACAAGCUUCAGCCACACAUCAGUGGUCUCGUCGAUUACAUCAUAACCCAGCAAAAGGGCGACGAUGAAGAGCUGGCAUGCGAGGCUGCCGAGUUCUGGUUGGCUGUGGGCGAGCACAAUAACCUGUGGAGGGCGCUGGAGCCAUAUAUCCACAAGAUCAUCCCCGUCCUUCUCGAAUGCAUGGUAUACAGUGGUGAGGAUAUUGCUCUCCUUGGAGGUGCUUCGGAUGACGAGGAAGAGGAGGAUCGCGAAGAGGAUAUUCGCCCUGCGUUUGCCAAGAAGGCGCUUGCACGAAAGGCCAACGGCGAGGUUGGCGACUCCGCCGAUCCGUCAAAGAACGGUAGCGGUUUCGAGAAGCUUGGUGGCAUGAACGAAGACCCUGAGGAGGGAGAGGUCGACGACUACGACGACGGCGAUGAUGCCAACCCCGACGAACGAUGGACCAUCCGCAAGUGCUCCGCCGCCGCCCUCGACGUCUUUGCCCGCGAUUUCCAAGCGCCAGUUUUCGAGGCCAUCUUUCCCUACCUUUCACAGCACCUAAAGCACAACGAGUGGCCUCAACGAGAAGCCGCUGUGCUUGCCCUCGGCGCUGUUGCUGAUGGAUGCAUGGACGUCGUUGUCCCACAUCUGCCUGAGCUUGUGCCCUACCUGAUCUCCCUCCUCGAGGACUCGGAACCUGUCGUGCGACAGAUCACCUGCUGGACCCUCGGCCGGUACUCUUCAUGGGCUGCCAACUUGGAGGACAAGGAUAAGGAUCAAUUCUUCCUUCCUCUGAUGGAUGGUAUCCUCCGCCAUAUGCUGGACAAGAACAAGAAGGUUCAAGAAGCUGCCGCUUCAGCUUUCGCUAACUUAGAGGACAAGUCAGGCAAGAUUCUCGAACCUUACUGUGGUCCUAUCGUUCAGCAGUUCGUCCACUGUUUUGCCAAGUACAAGGACCGAAAUAUGUACAUCCUUUACGACUGUAUACAGACUUUGGCCGAGCAUAUUGGACCUGUUCUGGCCUCGCCUGAUCUGGCAGGCAAGCUUAUGCCUGCCUUGAUCGACCGAUACAACCGCGUGUCGGAUCAGUCACGGGAGCUGUUCCCUCUCCUAGAGUGCCUCUCUUAUGUGGCGAUGGCACUCGGUGAUGCGUUCGCUCCCUACGCUGAGGCUAUUUUCCUGCGAUGUGUCAACAUCAUCCAUGUGAACCUCGAGCAGACAUUGGCUGCCGCCAACAACCCGGUACUCGAUCAGCCUGAUAAGGAUUUCCUCGUUACAAGUCUGGAUCUACUUAGUGCCAUUAUCCAGGCCCUCAACGACGACAAGUCUGCAGCUUUGGUCAAGAGCUCUCAGCAAUCCUUCUUUGAGCUUCUGAGCUUGUGUAUGGGAGACCCUACUGAUGAGGUCCGACAGUCUGCCUACGCAUUGUUGGGAGAUUGCGCCAGAUACAUCUAUCCUCUUCUGCAGCAAUACCUCCCCACAGUUCUUCCCAUCUUGCUCAAGCAGCUUGAUAUGGAUAGUGUUCUUGACGAAGAUGUGGACAGUGGGUUCGGUGUUGUCAAUAACGCUUGCUGGUCGGUUGGCGAAAUCUCUAUGCAACAUAAGGAAAACAUGGGACCUUGGGUCCAAGACCUUCUCCAGCGAUUCGUCGAGAUCAUGACCAACCCCCGUGUUCCAAAGGCUCUUAAUGAGAAUGCUGCGACGGCCUUGGGCCGACUUGGUCUGGAUAACUCGGAACAACUUGGACCUCACCUGUCCACUUUCGCUGAGGAGUGGAUCAGCAUCAUGAACGAAGUCGAGGCAACAGAAGAGAAGGCUACAGCUUUUAAGGGAUUCUCUAUGAUUGUCGGACGAAACCCUCAGGCCAUGGAGAAGGAGUUGCUCAACUACUUCACCGCCAUCGCCAGAUAUCGUGAUAUGGGCCUCAAGAGCCCAGCCAGGCAAGAGUUGCACGGCGUCUUCCAGAAGGUCAUCGACAUUUACAAGCAAAUGAUCCCCGACUUUUCCAGCUUCAUCGGCCAGUUGCAGCAGCGUGACCGACAAGCUUUGGAGACACAUUACUCUCUAUCAUAG